AUGGGGUAUAGCAAAGUCACUAGUUUGGAAACUAGCUUUAUAUGUCAUACAUAUUUUGAAGAAAAGAAAAGUCAACAUGAACAGACAACUUGUGAAAAAGAUGAAGUUCAAAGCUGUGAAGAACAAUAUAGACUCACAAUUGACGAAUUAGUUAAAGAAUUGAACACUGAUGCAUCAAAUGGAUUAUCAGAUGUAGAGGCCAAGGCAAGGCUUGACAAGUAUGGCGCCAAUAAUCUUGGAGAAGAGGAUUCCAUAUCCUACACCAAAAUUUUGGCCCACCAAGUUUUCAACGCCAUGAUUUUGGUCUUGUUUAUCAGUAUGAUUAUUGCCCUUGCUAUUAGAGAUUGGAUUUCUGGUGGUGUUAUUGGAUUUGUUGUUGGUAUCAAUAUUGUUGUUGGGUUUGUCCAAGAAGUUAAAGCUGAGAAAACCAUGGGCUCGUUGCGUAACUUAUCAUCACCAACAGCAAGAGUCACGAGAAAUGGAGAUGAUAUCACUAUUCCAGCUGAAGAUGUUGUUCCAGGAGACGUUGUCCAUGUCAAAGUUGGUGAUACUGUGCCUGCUGAUUUGAGAUUGUUUGAUGCUAUGAAUUUGGAAACUGAUGAGGCGCUAUUGACAGGUGAGUCGUUGCCAGUGCAAAAGGAUCCGACAGCUAUUUAUGAUGACUACUCAGUGCCUAUACCCGUUGGUGACAGAUUAAACUUGGUUUAUUCGUCAUCAGUUGUUUCCAAAGGUAGAGGUUCUGGUAUUGCUUAUGCAACUGGACUAAACACUGAAAUUGGCCAAAUUGCGAAGUCGUUGAGAGGUGACACUGGGUUGAUCAGAAGAGUUGACAAAUCAAAUGGUAAACCAAGGAAAAGAGAAUAUGGUCGUGCUUGUGCUGGAACUGUUUAUGAUAUUGUGGGAAACAUUCUUGGUGUAACUGUGGGAACGCCAUUGCAAAAGAAGCUCUCCUGGUUGGCAAUUUUCUUGUUUUGGGUGGCGGUUGUGUUUGCCAUUGUUGUAUUGGGAUCGCAAAAGAUGAAUGUUACCCGAAACGUGGCCGUUUACGCUAUUUGUGUUGCGUUGUCAAUGAUCCCGUCGUCGUUGAUUGUGGUUUUGACCAUCACAAUGGCUAUCGGGGCUCAAGUUAUGGUUUCGAAAAAUGUCAUUGUGAGAAAGUUGGAUUCUUUGGAGGCGUUAGGAGGUAUAAAUGACAUUUGCUCCGACAAGACGGGUACUUUAACUCAAGGCAAAAUGAUUGCCAAAAAGGUUUGGUUGCCAAAUGUUGGUACAUUGGAAGUGCAAAAUUCAAACGAGCCGUAUAACCCAACUGAAGGAGUAGUGAGAUAUGCGCCGUAUUCACCGCUUUAUAUCAAGCAGACUGACGAGGAGAUUGACUUUAAGAAGCCAUAUCCAGAUCCUAUGCCACAAAGCAUGCACAACUGGUUAAUGACUGCUACUUUGGCAAAUAUUGCCACUGUCAAUCAAAGCAAAGAUGAAGAACUGGGCGAAGUUGUUUGGAAGGCCCAUGGAGAUGCUACUGAAAUUGCCAUCCAGGUGUUCACCUCAAGGUUAGAUUACGCCAGGAAGUCAUUGGUUGAUGGGUUUGAGCAUAUUGCUGAGUUCCCCUUUGAUUCAUCAAUUAAAAGAAUGUCGUCAAUUUACAAGCAUAAAGACUCGGGUGAAGCUAGAGUUUACACUAAAGGUGCUGUGGAAAGAGUUGUGCAAUUGUGCACCACCUGGUAUGGUGAGGGGAGUGAUGACGCAAAGGAGGUGAAGAAAUUGACCGACGUUGAUAAACAAACCAUUGAGGGGAACAUGGCGGCAUUAUCGUCCCAAGGUUUAAGAGUAUUGGCAUUUGCCACUAGAACUAUCGAUGACGGUUUCGAUGACCGUGAAAAUGUCGAAUCUAAUUUAACUUUCCAAGGUCUUAUUGGUAUUUAUGAUCCCCCAAGAGAAGAAACUGCUGGUUCUGUCAAGUUAUGUCACAAGGCGGGUAUCAACGUUCACAUGCUUACCGGUGAUCAUCCAGGUACAGCCAAAGCCAUUGCCCAAGAGGUGGGAAUCUUGCCUCAUAACUUGUACCACUACUCAGAAGACGUUGUUAAAGUGAUGGUUAUGACUGCCAAUGAAUUUGACGCUUUAUCCGAUGACGAAAUUGACAACUUGCCCGUGUUGCCAUUAGUGAUUGCCCGUUGCGCCCCGCAAACUAAGGUGCGUAUGAUUGAUGCAUUGCACAGAAGAAAGAGAUUUGUGGCAAUGACUGGUGACGGUGUCAACGACUCACCAUCGUUGAAGAAAGCAGAUGUUGGUAUUGCUAUGGGCAUGAAUGGCUCUGAUGUUGCCAAGGAUGCGUCGGACAUUAUUCUAACAGACGACAACUUUGCCUCAAUACUAAACGCCAUUGAAGAAGGAAGAAGAAUGUCGUUAAACAUUCAGAAGUUUGUUUUGCAGUUGUUGGCCGAAAAUGUUGCCCAAGCUAUCUACUUGAUGGUUGGGCUAGUGUUUAUGGAUAACGACGGAUUCUCGGUGUUUCCACUCGCGCCGGUUGAAGUGUUGUGGAUAAUUGUGGUUACAUCGUGUUUCCCGGCAAUGGGAUUGGGUCAAGAAAAGGCCCAAUCUGAUAUCUUGGACUUGCCUCCUAGUAACACAAUCUUUACAUGGGAAGUGAUUAUUGACAUGUUUGCUUACGGUAUCUGGAUGGCUGCUUGUUGUCUCGCUGCGUUUGUUGUGAUCCUAUAUGGCAAGGGCAAUGGAGAAUUGGGAUCCGAUUGUAACACCGGAUCCGGUGAAAUGUGCAAGUUGGUUUUCCAAAGUCGUUCUGGAGCAUUUGCUGCGUUUACGUGGUGUGCUUUGUUGCUAGCCUGGGAAUGUAUACACUUGAGACGCUCAUUCUUCCAUAUGCAUCCAGAUUCAGAGAAACCAUGGUGGUCGCAGUUGGCCUCUGAUUUAUGGGAGAACCAAUUUCUUUUCUGGUCCAUUGUAUUUGGUUUUGCAACCGUGUUUCCCUUGGUGUACAUUCCAGUCAUUAACAACAAGGUGUUUUUGCAUGGCCCCAUUGGAUACGAGUGGGGGGUUGCCGUUGCUUUCACUGUCGCGUUCCUUAUAGGAGCCGAGGUUUGGAAACUGAUCAAGCGCGUUUUCUUUAGAGCUCAGUCACGUAGUGGUGACGAUGCAGCAACCGGUGACGUGUUUGAAAAGUAUGCCUCGUUUAGCAAGGAUAACACUUUGGUCUGA